AUGGACGAGCAAUCAACCAGUCCGACUCAUAUCAUGGAACGAUACUCCCAGUAUGUUCACCACUGGUUGCCGAUAAUCGACCUCCAUCGAAUCAGCAGUCGCAUCAAGUCCUCACAUAUGCUGGAGGCAGCAGACGCAGAGCUUGCUAGCCUGCUCUUAUGCAUUCACAUAGCUUCUCAGCCAUCAUCGGCAGAAAUGCGAGAACAAUACUAUAUGCAAAGACUCUAUAUACAGUCUCAAAGAAUCUUUGCUUGCUUGCAGUCAAUAAGGAAGUUCUCUAUUGAAACGAUCCAGUGUGGUCUAUUGCUGGCCGUUUACCAGAUUGGCGCUGGUUUGCUUUCGGAUGCUUAUGUCACAUUAUCGACUACUACAGGCUUAGCUCGUGCAGGCCAACUUCUAACAUGUCAUAAAAAUACUCAUGAUGGAGAUAGGAGCCACGAGGCGAGAGUCGUUUGGUGGGCUAUCUUCUUGCUGGGCCGAAUCCUAGCACUAGCUUCUUUACCAAAUCAUCUUCCUCUCCUGAUGGAACAGCCACGAGACUUUGAAGAUCUCCCGGAUAUACAUAUUUUACGACCUUCUCCGGAAUACGAAGGAGAUAAUCAGCCAUAUGAAUAUUUUAAAGAAGAACUACAAGCUGCAUACUUGACAGGAAAGACUCUAUACUACAUGAGUCCCCUCCAUGAAUCCUCGGAGUCUGAGUUAGAAAAGCUAAACGGCGAAAUAAUUACACGCCUUGGCGAUAUGUUUGCAAAAGCUCCGGGAUCUUGGAGGCCAUUCUGCAGCGCGAUUGCAAUACUGCUUGUAACAGCGGUUGAACUACAGUUUACAAGGUUGACGAAUACAGCCCAGGACAAAGAAGCUUCUAGUUCAUGCCUACAAGCAAUAUCAACGCAUAUCAAAAUUACCAUUGAUAUUGCACGGAACUAUCUAGAGGAUGAAGACACAAACUUCGCCACUGACAUAGUACCUAUCACGGGUGUUAUCUCAGACUACCAUACUUUGGUGGCUAUAUUUCGGCAAAGGGAUUUAGGCCACGAAAUUGCAACAGAUGACUCGGAAGGAUUAAUCGUUCUGAAACGAUCGUUGAAUAAAAAGAGUAAUCUAUGGGAUCUUGCUGAUAAGUAUAUACAGGACCUGUCAAGAUGGAUUAUGUGGAAUGUGCCAUAUUAUUCAUAG